UGUUUUAUUGGAGAGGAGCGCUCCAGGAGUUGCAGCCAUGUAUAAGUUAGACCUGCCCGUCGAUCCUAAGGAAUCCGCAGCCAUCGAAAGGAGAAGGAACAGGGAACAGCAAAGACAAAGCCGGAUCUUCAAUGCCAAAGUUCGGACCAUCGGGGUUGAUGUGCCGACCCUGGAAAGACAGAGAGAAGAACGGAAGGCAAUGGAAAGACUUGAGAAAGCGCGGGACGAAGCGUUUGAUGGAGACCGGCAGCAGUAUGAUAAGAUUGCUCAGAUGCUGGAACAACGAGAACAUGAGAUCGCCCGAGACCUAGACAAGGGGGUGCAGAAAUUCAGAGAAGGCCAGCAACAGCCCGAGACCAGGAGGGAAUUUGACCUGUAUGACCCGGACGCACUGAAGAAGGACCGGCCUGCUCGAGUGAGUGACCACGAUCCCAGAUGUGGGCCCGCCAGCUUACAGAAGUUUGCAGGAGAAGACCUGAGCGAGAAGGAACGAAAGAAGCUGCAGGCGGAUCUGACUAAAACCUGGCUGACGGAACAGAAGGAUGAGAGGAAGAGGAGCGAAGCACAGAAAAAAUAUGCAGAUGAUUUAUAUGACAAGAAAAGGGUGGAGCUGGACGAGAGAGCCCAGCACAUGAGCAAGAUGGAAGAAGAAUGCAGGAAGGCUGUGAACAUGGCCAUCAAUAACUUCAACCAAGCAUUGUCCAUGGAGGAAUCAGAGCGCAGGAAGCUGGAAAAGAAACAAGAAGAAGAUCACAACUUUGCCGAAAUUUAUAACCACCUGACCGGGGACAUACUGACGGAAAAUCCGGCAGCGGCGGUUAGCGGCUAUGGGCCUCACCGGGUUGUGCCAGAUCGCUGGAAAGGCAUGAGCCCCGAGCAGCUCAAAGCCAUCCUGGAAACGCAGGAGCAGCAACGGCAGGAAAAACAGAGGCUGAAGGAGGAAGAGAAGCAGCAAGACACGGAGUGGGACAGGCAGAGGUUCCUGGCGGCUCGUGCCGCAAUGACCUUGGAGCAGCAAGAAGAACAGCUGAGCAGGGAGAUCAGGAAGAGAACCGAUCAAUACAACCAGCAGCUGAACAGAGAGCAGAGGGCACACCUGGAGUACCUGGAUAAAGUCUUGUACACCAACCACCCGACCGGACAUUACCACAGCCAGUUCAACACUACCACCCGCUGAACAAGACG